UCAAGGGGCGGUGGCCCCAUGGCUUCUCCAAUCACCGCCCAGCCAGGGGUUGGGGGCGUGGACGAGACCUGGAAAAGUUAAAGCCGAUUCCGAAGGCGGAGCGGGCGGGGGAACCUAAGGACCCCGCCUUGCCGGGAAUCCUGCUCGCAGUCUCCGCAGCGGGGUGUUGGAUGCGUCGGGGCUGAGAGCCCGGGAGCCCCAGGGACCGAUCCGGACCUAGCCCGCCCGCCAGGCCAUGGCGCCCUCUGGACUCCUAGUCACCGGCGCCUCCUUCGCCGCCUUCCGGGGGCUGCACUGGGGGCUGCAGCUGCUGCCCACGCCGGAAUCUGCCGCCCAGAACCGUUGGAAGUGGCGGAACAUUUGUGUCUCCCUGGUGCACAGCCUGCUUACGGGGGCCGGGGCGCUGCUCGGGCUGUCGCUGUACCCUCAGAUGGCCGCCGACCCGAUUCAUGGCCACCCUCCCUGGGCUUUGCUGCUGGUGGCUGUCUCUGUGGGUUAUUUCCUGGCAGAUGGAACUGAUUUGUUGUGGAACCAGACCUUGGGCCAGGCCUGGGAUCUUCUUUGUCACCAUGCGGUGGUCGUGAGCUGCCUCAGCACCGCCGUUCUGUCUGGCCACUACGUGGGCUUCUCUGUGGUGUCUCUGCUUCUGGAGCUCAACUCCACCUGCCUGCACCUACGCCAGCUGCUGCUGCUCUCUCGCCAGGCUCCAUCCCUGGCCUUCAGCGUGACCAGCUGGGCCACCCUGGCCACCUUGGCCCUCUUCCGCCUGGUGCCACUGGGAUGGAUGAGCCUGUGGCUGUUCCAGCAAUGCCACCAGAUCCCUCUUGCUCUGGUCAUCCUUGGUGGAACUGGACUGGCCAUUGUGGGUGUCAUGAGCAUCAAUUUGGGCAUCCACAUUUUGGUCAGUGAUGUUUUGCGAUCUCGGCCCUGCCCACCCACCCUUGGAAACAAGGAAACCAGGGGCACUAGGACAGAUUGUGAUGGUGAGUCCAUCAUCAGGGAUGAUUCCACUCUCAGGCUGAGAGACUGAGCCUCAGGCUCCUCCUCUGCCAGGCCUGGGGGAGGGAAGACCAAGACCAGGAGAUGCUGGUUUUCAAUGCACUAUCCCCCAGGGACAAGGCCUGGACUUGGUUUUCAGUAUCUCAGUUCCUCUUCCAGCUAACUCCUGCAUUCCUAGGAUCUGAGGAGAAAUGCUAAUAUUCAUGAAUGGGUGGGAACCUGGGCUACUGUUCACUGAAUCCCAUCAUCAGAUUACUGCCCUUUUCAGGAAACUAAUUCCAGAGGUACAGCCUGUGCUACCAAUAAAGGGUAGUGGGAGGCAUGAAGCUGGAAGAAACUGCCAUGGGAACAGAGACUCUGCUAUAGCACAGGAACAGAUGAGUAAAGUGGAAGUCCUUCUAGGAUCAGAAAGAGAUCUGGUCAGAAGGGGUGAAGAUCAGAGAGAAGAGAGACCUCAUCCAUGACCAAAUUAUGGCAGAGGGAGGAGGGUUCAACAGGUGCUGUGUAACCAGUAGGGAUGGACAUAACAGUUGCUAAGAGACAAGAAACGGGUGAUGUUUCUGGUUCUCAAAACCAUAUCAUUCUGUUUGGAUUUCAACCUAGUCCUACUGUGUCGAGCAUCCUCCUUUUACCUUUUUUUAGUGUCUUUGGACCUUUUUUAAAAAAUGCAGAUUCUUAGAGGAAUUCUGAGAUUCAUUAGAGGAAUGAACACCUGGUUAGGUCUGUCUUCUCCAAACUGUACUAAAGUCUAGAGCCAUAGCAGGAACUCAACCACCCAUUCUGGGUGCCCCGUGUAGGGUCUUCCCAAGCUUGGGCUUUCAUGGGAGAAUGAGGUCAGAGGCAGAAGCAAAUGAGGUGAGGCUUCCACUUGGAUGCAGUAGCAUUAAAGAAUAUCUGACUCUCUUCUGGAAUUAAUUUGAAAGCUCUGCUUUCUCCUCUGCUGCUUCUACUUCAUUUUCUUUUUUUUUUUCUACUGCACAAGACACCUCCCUUCUGCAGGCAGAACAUCCAGGUUGUAUGAAGUGUGAGCAGAUGAAAGUUGCAAUUCCACUAAACAAUGGGAAAGAAAUAGAUAACCCUUAAUUAUCCACAGAAAAGGUACAGGAGACAAAAGCAAGAGAAAGAUAAAAGCAAAAAGCUGAGCUAGAGAGAGACAAAGGGAAUGAAAGAAACAGACAUAUGCAGAUGGAAAGACAGAUAGGAAAAGAUUUGUUGCAUAGAAGAGGCAGAGACGUAGAGAGAUGGAGGGCAAGACACAAUCGUUGGCAGAAAUUUCAAGAAAGUCUGUUAUAGAUGCUGAGAAGAACCAAAAUCAUAGAAUUGGUUAAAUGGUCAUAAGAAAAAAAAAAAAAAACAAGCAAAAUAGAAAUAAAGGCUGAUGGGAACGGA